GGAUGUAACCCCCCCCCCCAAUCUAGAAUUAAAUUUUAGGACCCCAAACUUUAAGGGAUGUAACCCCCAUCUAGAAUUACAAAAGUUUAGGACCCCAAACUUUUAGGGAUGUACUAGAAUUAAAUUUUAGGACCCCAAACUUUUAGGGAUGUAACCCCCAUCUAGAAUUAAAUUUCAGGACCCCAAACUUUUAGGGAUGUAACCUCUUCAAUCUGUAGAUUAACCUCAAUAAAAAGAUUCUAAGUGGCCAGAAAACUUUUAGGGAUGUAAGCCCCAUCUAGAAUUUAAUUUUAGGACCCCAAACUUCUAGGGAUGUGACCUCUUCAAUCUGUAGAUUAGCCUCAAUAAAAAGUUUCUAAUUGGCUGGAUUGUCCAAUUUUAAAUGGUUCGAUAUACAUUAUUCUUUCGCUAGUAUCAUUGCUUCAUUUUCCUUGUUCAACAUUCAAAACUUAGGAAGAUGUUAUUGGAAUGGCUCUGGACCAUGGAUUGGGACUGCUGGGAACGUACACCAAGCCUCAUACUCCAGCUCUUAUCAUUGGUGGGCUAUGUGUUAUGCUUGCUAUGACCCUCUCCAUCUUUCUAAUUCUUCAGCACCUCCGAUCAUACGCCAAUCCGGCGGAGCAAAAAUGGCUUGUUGGUGUUCUUUUCAUGGUUCCUGUCUAUGCCUGUGAAUCAUUAUUGUCUCUUUGGAACCCCAGUAUCUCUAUUGAAUGCGACAUUUUAAGGAAUUGUUAUGAAGCAUUUGCCUUAUACUGUUUUGGAAGCUAUUUGGUUGCCUGCCUCGGUGGGGAAGAGAGGGUCAUUGAGUUGCUUGAAGUUGAAUCAAGGAAGCAACUCACCAAGCCAUUGCUAGAAGAUGAGGGCAAAAAUAUAGCUGCCAAGGUGCCUAGAUUCCACGACUUUUUCAUUGGACCAUCUAAGCUUGGAAAGAGAUUGUCUUCAAUUGUAAAAUUUGGAAUUGUACAGUAUAUGAUUCUGAAGACACAGUGUGCCUUCUUAGCCUUGUUAUUGGAGCUCUUUGGAGUUUAUGGUGAUGGGAAAGUUAAGUGGUAUUAUGGAUACCCAUAUAUAGUGGUUGUAAUAAACUUCAGCCAAACAUGGGCUCUGUACUGUCUCGUGCAAUUUUACAAUGCAACUCAUCAUAGAUUAGCGCCUAUAAGACCACUAGCAAAGUUCAUUAGUUUUAAAGCGAUUGUAUUUGCGACGUGGUGGCAAGGUUUGGGUAUUGCAAUCCUUUGUUCACUUGGCAUUUUGCAAAAGCAAGGGAGGUUUCAAAGUGGCCCUCAGGAUUUUCUCAUCUGCAUUGAAAUGGCCAUUGCAGAGAUCGCCCAUUUUUAUGUUUUCUCUGCUGAACCUUAUCGGUUCCUUCCAGUAUCUGAGCAUGGGAAAGUAACAACUCCAGCAACAAAAGCCACAUUCAAGUUGGAGGAGGAAGGAGAACAAGAACCAGCUCUUGUGGAGCAAACUGAGACUUAUGUCAAGGCUCCUGGUACGAGCAUUACCGAGAGUGUUCAGGAUGUUGUCAUUGGGUGUGGCGAACAUGUUAGGAAGGAUGUGGUUCUAACAAUAACCCAAGCAAUAGAGCUUGUGGAGAAAGGAGUCACUAAAAUACAAGAGACCUUCCACCACAUCUCGAUAGGUUCAGGCGAUGAAGAAGUAAAGGUCGACAAACAUGUGUCGGAGAAUGUGACAAAAGACAGGUCCCAUGUUCUAAGUUCUGAAAAGCCGGCUGAACUCAAGCGAGUUACUUGGACUCACCCAAGGCUCAAGUACCUCGACACUGGUAACAACCAAAAGGGCUGAACUCAAGCGAGUUACUCCGACUCGCCCAAACAACUCGUCUUGGUGAAGGCCCAAGUACCUCGGCACCGGUAACUACCAAAGGUAACAGGUGAAUUAACUAAAGGAGACUGUUGGCAAGUGGCAUGAGUAAUAACUAAUUAAUGUAAUCAGCGGAAGGAAUGUGUAUAACACAACUAUAACUCCAAACUCAGCUGAGUUACUCGGACUUGGCUCUUUGUUAAGCUGAAUACUUGGGUUUGUACAAUUAUUCGUGAGUUUUUCUUGUUAUAUGACUCAUUUUUAUGUUUUUUUUUUUUGGAUUUUUCUGAAAUAUCUCCAACCACAGAUCAAUUAUUCUGAAUACAUGUUAUAUUUAUAUAUAUUAUCGUUUUUGGACUUUUUUGGUUAAUUUUGGUUUUAUUUCAAUAUACAGUUUUUAUGUUUAAUUUUUUUUUAAAAAAAUAGUUAUUUUUUAGGGCCUAUUGGCCCUUUCCACUACUUGGUAGAGUCUACUUGAACUUUGCAAAAGUUACUCAUCUAAGGUUAUGGCCGAGUUGAAAAACAUAGGUUAUCAGAAAGAGUUUCAAUGUAUACUGCUCACAUUUAGACAGAUUCUUACUCUUUUUAAAAAAUGUUCAGUUUUAGACAAGAGAGAGAGAGAGAGAGAGAGAGAG